GGAUUUAUUUGCAUAGAGGAAACUGCGGAAAGUGGCCGCUAAGUAGUUGGGUAGGAGGGCGUAGCGAGUCCCCUAGUAAAGCCUAGUGACUCUCCACACCGACAGCGGAUGGGCCCCAGCUCCUUCCUCGGCUCCCGGAGGUUCGAGCAGUGAGAGCACAAAACCUGGGCACUUGGGGAAUGCUCCAAGGCUGACCCUCAGCCCCCAGUCCCAUCUCCAUCGCCUAGGGUGCCCCCUCAGCGAGCCCCACCGGAGCAGAGCCUACACUAAGUGACUGUCCCGCGCCCUCCCGCCUGCCCGCCAGUGCCCGCCGCGGACUCCCAUCCCCUCCGUCCCCGCAGCUCGAUGGGCGCGUGGGAGCCGGGCGCCCGGAGAGGCAGCCCCGCGGGGACUCCCGCGUGUCCCGCGUGGGGUGGUGGCGCAGCGGCGCUGGCGCUGAGCGCGCUCUGCCUACUUCUGUCCUUGGGCUCGGUGGCUGCUUGCCUGCUGCUGAGCGCCCAGGCGUCCGAACUGCAGGGCAGGGUGUCCGCGCUCGAAGAGGAGCAGCAGCGGCAGCGGCUUGCCGGCUGGGGGCCCCCCGAGGCGCCCGGCGCGCUCAUCUCCUGGGCCGAGCCCCACCUGGAGCGGCUCCUGACGGAGAAGUUGGAAGGACUGGCCAAGCACCGGAAAACCCGAGAAGUCUUACCUGAGUGUCUCUGCCCCCCGGGACCCCCAGGGAGGCGUGGAAAACCUGGAAGAAGAGGAGAUACUGGGCCUGCAGGGCAAGCAGGACGAGACGGUUAUCCGGGGCCACUGGGAUUGGAUGGUAAGCCGGGAUUGCCGGGACCUAAAGGUGAAAAGGGAGAGCCAGGAGACUUUGGCCCACGGGGAGAUCGAGGUCAAGAUGGAGCUGCUGGUCCACCUGGGCCCCCAGGUCCCCCUGGAGCCAGAGGGCCCCCAGGAGAUACAGGAAAAGAUGGCCCUCGAGGACUGCAAGGCCCUGAUGGUCUAAAAGGAGAGCCAGGACCAGGAGGUGUGAUGGGCCCAAAAGGACCUCCAGGACUCAAGGGUGAACCUGGCAUGCCAGGAAGAAAGGGAGAUGAUGGACAGCCAGGACAACCAGGACUCCAGGGAUCCAUUGGGCCAAAGGGAGAGGAAGGGAGUCCAGGGCCUCAAGGACAGAAUGGAACUGAUGGAUCACCAGGAGCCAAGGGGGAGCCUGGUGAAAGAGGAUCUGAUGGCUUCCUUGGGCCCAGGGGUCUACCUGGCCUGAAAGGUGAGCAAGGAGACACAGUAGUGAUUGACUAUGAUGGCAAAAUCCUGGAUGCUCUGAAGGGUCCUCCAGGUCCUCAAGGCCCACCUGGUCCUCCAGGAACCCCUGGAGCAAAGGGAGAGCUUGGAUUGCCUGGUCCUCCUGGAGUUGAUGGAGAAAAGGGACCAAAGGGCUCGAAAGGAGACCAGGGACAGCCAGGACUGAUGGGACCCAAAGGAGAAAUUGGAGAAAUGGGCUUGUCUGGCCCCCCGGGUGUUGAUGGCCCCAAAGGCGAAAAGGGAGAAUCAGGGUCUGCAAGUCUUCAGGAGAGCCUGGCCCAGAUUCUAGCAGAACCAGGGCCACCUGGCUUACCUGGCCCCCCAGGUCCUAUGGGUCUUCAGGGAAUCCAGGGUCCUAAGGGCUUGGAUGGUGCGAAAGGGGAGAAGGGUGCCACCGGAGAGAAAGGCUCCAACGGGCUGCUUGGACCAGCUGGCCCACCUGGCCUAAUUGGAUUACCCGGAACAAAAGGAGAGAAGGGCAGACCUGGUGAGCCAGGAUUGGAUGGUUUCCCAGGACCCCGAGGAGAGAAGGGAGAGAGGAGCAAACAAGGAGAGAAGGGGGAUCGAGGGGUUCCUGGCAGAAAAGGAGCAAAGGGACAGAAAGGAGAGCCUGGACCCCCUGGAUUGGAUCAGCCAUGUCCAGUGGGGGCUGAUGGACUGCCUGUGGCAGGCUGCUGGCACAAGUGAUUCCUACUCUUCCCACCUGAAGCUUGUACAUAUUCAUGUGACAUACUUCGCUCUACUUCAUUUUUGUAAAAAACAAACGAAACAAACAAACAGUAAUAUAUUGAUUUUUUUUUUUUUGCUGGAUGUUGCCAUUUGUGGAUUUUUUUAAAAAAAAUUUUAAGUUUCCAGAAUGGCUGAGAAGUGACUUUCACCCACUUGGCUCAGACUGGCCUGAGCUUUGCAUGGCAUGGAAUCUUAGCCUCUUCCUCAACUAAAGGACUUAGCCCAGGUCUCCAGCUCAGAAGAGAUGGAUCCCUGGGCUCUUUGUGUGAAAGGAAAGACUCCUGGGAACUGUGACUUGUCAUCCCUUUGCUUCUCCAUAAAGCAAAGGAAAGCACUCCUGAUUUGGGGGAGAAAGGGGGCCAGAAGAAUUCAAGCUAGGAGACCACAGACACAGCUGAGUUUCGGCACAUUUGUUCACCUCCCAUUUGAAAAAGAAAGGAGGAAAAAAAUAAGACUUCUAACUACCCCCCAAAUCCAGCCCAUGGCUUCAUCCUUUGUGUGCCCUAUACCCCAAAGCCAAUGGAAAGAAUAUGGUGCCAGAGAUGAUCCGCAUCUUUCAAGAUGGCUCCUGGAGCUGCUAAGAUUGGUGUCAGGGGCUGGAGAAUCUGCAAGGACUCAACUGAGGGGCUGCUUUCUAGUCCUACUUUCCUGAAGAACGGGGCGAGAACAAGGCAGCUGCCCCAACAGCACUUCUACACACACACACACACACACACACACACACACACACGGCUGCCAUGACCUUCCAACCUAGGCCUUCCUAUCAGAAAAAACUCCUUUUGCCAAAAGUCUUGGGCGGAGUCUUGAAAACGUGGCAGGUCAGGAUGAAGUACCUCCAUUCCCUGGGGGCACUUGUUGCUUUCGAACUCCCCAUCUUCUGCUAGUCACAUCCUCCCUGACUUCCCUGCAGAAGCCCUUAUGCCUUCAUGGAACCCUCCAUCACAGGCUGCUCCUGGGCAGGCAUGACACACCAACUUGGGACUGAAGUUUGCUUGUCACUGUCCCUUCUUUCUCCCUUCAGUGGCAAAGCUUGGGCCCCAGACCUUCUCCGUUCUUCCCUUUCGACAGGGAGUUCUGGCACAAAGCCAUCCAUCAAUCAGCAAACAUUUAUUAAGUUCCUUUUCAGUACCAGCCGCUGCGUUAGAUGCUGGAGUCUGCCCUCAAAGAUUUAUUUCAUCCAGACAUCCUCCCCACUGCAGAGCCCAACAGAUUCCUGGAACCUUCCCUACCCUCUCACAAUUCCAGCUUGAACUGGUGUCAAAGUAAAUUUCCAUUUUCUGGGCACACCCAGUGUGCUGGGCAUUGACAGUGCAAGGCAGGAGGUGGGACGGAGCUAACUCCUGCAUGGAAAACUCAAAUGCAUGUUAUAUAGACUGUACUGGAUAGAGGUUUUCUUUACACUGAAAAUCCAGUGGUUUGUGGUAGCAGGUGGGAAUCCCAUGCUCCUUUGCAGACAUUGUUUAAGCUUUGAGAAAUAGUCAUUCAAUUUGACAUGCAUCGGCAGUUCUGUGAACUAUGGCUGCGAAGGUCCCAUGGUCACUGAUACAGGCAUACUCAAGGGAACAAGAAAGGCGGGUUCAAAAGGUUUUCAAGGAUGUAACUGUUGCUGACCUUAUGACCCAGCAUCAUCCUGGCCCAGCCUUUUGGGACACUCUGAGCCUGGGGUGCUCAAGUCACUUGCUGUAUAGCCCAGUGCACGAGGGACUUCCAAAAGGAUAUAUGCAAUACAGAAAAUAUAAACAAGCAUGUGGGGAAAGAGACACAGGUAACUUAUAAAGCUAACAGUUCUGCCACAAUGAUGUCUUCCCAGCCUCUGUAGUUCUUUCUCCUGGCAACAAUUUCAGCUCUACAGCUACAGUAUAAGGGUCAGGAUUAAAAAACAAACAAGCAAAAAAACCCCACCAUUCCCGUGGCCUGGGAGUUCCAUGCUUUUAUAAACUGGCUGGAGUCAGUCUUAAUAAUAGGAAAGAGGCUGAUGCCUUUCUAAGGCUCUUGGCAUCAGCUCCUGCUUUCCUGCCCCCAAAGGUCAACUACCUUGCCUCGCUGGUCGUGCUAAUGUUGCCUUGGCCUGGAUUGCUGGCCUUUGUGUAUGUCCCUUGGGACCAUGCAUCUGUACUGGUUAAGCAUUUCUCCUGAUGAGUCUUACAGCUUUUCAGGACUAAGAAUAGAUUCUGCAACCCAAAUUAGGAGGGACUUGAACCAAGAAGGGUUUUUAUUUAGGCCAGGAAAAAAAAAAAAAAGGUGUUCCUCAUCUAACAAAAGUACAAAGCUACUGGCUUCAUUUACUAUUAAUUGUUUUCUGUUUCUUUUGUAAAUUAAUGUCUAAGAAUGUAAUAAACUAUAAGGGUA